AUGUCCCUUCACAAGAGCAAGCUCGCUUUCAUCGGCGGCGGCAACAUGGCCUCCGCCAUCAUCGGCGGCCUUAUCACCCAAGGUAUGGCUGCUCUGGGUGUUCAAGCAACCGCCUCUAAUGUUGAAGCUGGUGGCCAGGCCGACAUUAUUAUCAUUGCUGUCAAACCCCAGAGCUUGCAGGACUGGCUGCGGACGAAGAAUAGCCCCACAGCACACACGAAGGAUGGUCGCACGGCGCACACGGUGCGUGUCAUGCCUAAUACGCCUGCGUUGCUGGGUCAGGGCGCGUCCGGCGUGUUUGCCAGUGCAGAUGUCACGGCUGAGGAGAAGACCCUGGUAAAUGAUCUGCUGGCAAGCGUGAGCCAGGCGACCGAGUGGGUGGAUCGGGAAGAGUUGCUGGAUGUGGUGACUGGGCUGUCGGGAUCCGGCCCGCCCUAUUUCUUUGCAAUGGUAGAACAUCUUGUAUCCAGCGCCACUGCCCUGGGUCUGUCCUCGGAGCAGGCUACUCGUCUGGCUGCGCAGACAUGCCUCGGGGCGGGCAAGAUGCUCGUUGAAUCCUCUGAUACCCCGACCAAGCUGCGCCAGAAUGUCACCAGCCCGAAUGGUACAACACACGCAGCCCUGCAGACCUUCGAAGCCGAGGGCUUCCAGGAGAUCGUGGACAAGGCAGUCAAGGCAGCAACCAAUCGGGCGGCGGAGCUGGGGAAUACACUGGCCGGAAAAUAG